AAAAAAAACUAUUUUAAUAAUUACAACCAAACAAAGAAAUCUACAAAAUUCCCAACAUAAAAAUUAUACGGAUCCCAACUACUGCCUAUUUACCUUACGGCAAAAAAGAAAACCAAAAGAGAAGAGAAAUCAUAAAACCAAGUAGGUAACGUUUCAAACUGAACGCAUUCAUUCCUCCGUUCCGUAGUAUGAAUGUCACGACUACGACUACCGACAUUCAUUUAUUAUAUUCAUUUUUCAACUUGCCACGGCACCGUAUUGAUUGUGCCCUGCUGAAAUAUACGUAGGUAUCUACUACCAACACAAACCGACAACGUCGUCAGUCUCAGUAUUCAUUUAUUACUGCGAUGACAAAGAACAAUUUUAAUCAACAACAACAAUCUGAUUGGAAAAUAUAAAAUUGCUAUUAAAAUAAAUUAAAAUCACGCUUAUCAAAAAUAAUAGCAAUUUUUGUUUCAAUAAUAACACAAAAAUUAAUAAAAGAAUGUAUAAAAAAAUGGGUGGUGAUAGGAAUACUGGCCGUGAUAGAGUUAUUCGCAAGAAAAUUGAAAUGGACGAUGAUAAACUCAUAGAAUUGGUUAGAAGAAACCCCUCACUUUACGAACUUGAUCAUAGCAACUAUGGAAGUGGAGUUUCCAGAGCUAAAACAUGGAAAGCCAUUGGCGCAGAACUUAAAAGACAUCCACUAUUCUGUAAGAAAAGAUGGGGCAACAUACGUGAUAAUUAUAAAAAAGCAAUGAAAAAAUAUAACUGGCGAGUUGCACAAGGCUAUACGUCUGCGAAAAAAUACAAAUUCUUUGAUAAAUUAGAAUUUUUAGCAAAUCAAAUUUCCGAAGAUAAUUAUAUAGAUAAAGAUAACGACAAUGACAACAACGAUCAUAAUAAUAAAACUGAAUGCUCAAAUGAAACUUCAUUAGAAGUCAAAUGUGAACCAGAUAUUGAUCCAGAAUAUGAUGAUAAAUCGUUAUAUGAUAAUAAUUACAAUCAAGAAUAUCAAAAUCAGCAGUAUUAUGAUGAUUAUUUCGAUCAGCCAGUUGAAGCACCUUCUAUGCAAUCACAUUAUGAGCCUAUAAAUCAUCACAACAACGAAGAAGAAACAAGAACAGAACAAAUUGAUAAUUACAGUCAAGCAGAUACAAGAGUCAGUGAAUGCGAAGGAAUUGAAGAAGUUGAUAAAGAACAUGAUAAUGAUGACGAUGAUGAAGAGGAUGAAAGUGCUGAAGUUUACAAAUUACCCUCAGCAAAAAUUGAAACAUACACAAAUUCCACACAUUUAGGAUUGCCUAGACGAAAAAGAAAACUACAAGAAUCUGAUUGUGAAUUAUCAUCGAAUUCAAAAUCAAUGAGAUACAUUGUAGAAAGAGUUGAAUCGGAUAGAUUCGUUGAAAGACAUCCUGUGGAUGCAUUUUUAUCGGGGAUUGCCCCAACAUUGAAAAGUCUGUCGGCAUAUUACUUAAGUUUAGCCAAAACACAAAUAUAUUCCAUUGUACAGGAAUAUGAAAUGGCUAUGAUUAUGGAGAAGAGGAAUGAAAACCACCGACUUUAAAUAAACAAACAAAAUUGUGAUUAUUAUUAUAAAAUAAAAUUAUUUUUUUCUGUUUUUCUUAAA